CUCAGGAACAAUCAGCCGCAGCACGUCACAACACGUGUAAAGUGCUGGUAUCCGUCGAACACGUGACAAUGAAGGGAGAAGAUCGAAAUGGUAUUGCCCCGAACAGAAUUUCAUAUAGUCAUCAAUUGAUUGAUGGUACUACACGAGCUGCAUCUUCAGCUGAUGGUCAAAUAUUUUAUUUGUUGGAUGAAGUCCCAACUACUGUAAAUUAUGUGGGGAAUAACAAUGCACGUUUUUAUAGUGGUGCGAGUUAUGCGGGCGAAAUAAUCGUUCAACCCUAA